GGGCGGGUCCUGGGCCUUGGAAAGUAUCAUUGUAUUCACAUGUUUACCGUCUGGUUGCUGCAGUGUCAGAGAGGAGAGAAAUCGAACACAACAUCUGAGGCACUCGCUGACCCCUGCGGAUUUCUGGUUUUACCCCUUGACAACCAUGGUGGAGUCCUCGGUGUGGCACUUCGGAGCCAGAUGACAAGACCGAGCUAGACACAGAAGUGUCAAAACAGAACUCGCGUUGCUUCACGCUGAUGACUGCAGAGGCAGAUUGUUGUGGAGGCACUUUGGCAAUAGUGAACCAGGAACCUGGACUUGAAACGUGCCAUAUUGCACUUUUCUGCUGUGUCAGUGUGGUGGUGGUUUUAGACCCAGAUUGCUGACUUCCAGAAAAAAACACACAUGACAGAAGAGCUUGUCAUUAGAACAGCGUGUCUUCAGAUUGCACAUGAUUGACUAACUGACUGACUCAGGGUUUACACAUUGCCUUAAAGCAAAGUGUUGGCACAGACCUCAAGGACUGUCAUAGUUGGCUGUAAGAUACCCUCUUGCACACACACACACAGAUCUGCACACAAACACGCUUCGCAAACUGUGGGUCCUCAAAUCCAACACUCCCCCAUUCCACCACCUAGGCUAUGACAUCAGAGACAGUGACGGAGCAGAGCACGACGUCAGAGCAGCACCAUCACAUUUUCGUAAUAUGACAACAGACGCGCAGCUCUACCCCAUCACCACCACCACCACCACGGCAGUUGUCCAGUCUCCCUUCAUUUCCUAUCACACCACCUCAACAGCCACAACUGCCGUCGACUCUCCCUUCACUAAUACACCAGCAGCAGAGGUAACCAUCCACCACUCUCUGCCCUCCAUGAUGCGCUCGCCGCCCCCCUCCAUGCAGCGGCCCCCUCACCUGUGGCCCCCGCUGGACUUCGGGCUGGGGGCGAUGGCCUGCUGCGGGGCGUGCGUCUUCACCAACCCUCUGGAGGUGGUGAAGACGAGGCUGCAGCUCCAGGGCGAGCUGCGGACCCGGGGCACCUACCAGAGACACUACCGAGGGGUGCUGCAGGCCCUGUGGGUGGUGGGCAGGAAUGACGGUCUACGGGGCUUACAGAAGGGGUUGUGCGCGGGUCUGCUGUACCAGGGCUUCAUGAACGGCGUGAGGCUGGGGUUCUACUCGUACGCGGAGGUCGGAGGGGUCACUGAGAUGCCCGGGGGGAACAUCCUGGCCGGGGCUGUCGCUGGAGCACUGGGAGCCUUCGUCGCAUCGCCUGCUUACCUGAUUAAGACCCAUCUUCAAGCCCAAACAGUGGAGGCCAUUGCUGUGGGCCAUCAACACAACCACCAGGGUGUAUCCAGUGCCUUUUUCUCCAUCUACCGUCGUGAGGGUGUGCAGGGUCUGUGGCGGGGGGUGAAUGGGGCGGUGCCCAGGGUCAUGGUGGGCUCAGCUGCCCAGUUGGCCACCUUCAGCUCAGCCAAGGAGUACGUCUCACACACAGAGUGGUUUAGCCCAAACAGCUGGCUGAUCGCCCUGACGGCCGCCAUGAUGAGUGGUCUCGCCGUGACGAUCACGAUGACGCCAUUUGACGUCAUCAGCACCAGACUCUACAACCAACCAGUGGACGAGUUCAGAAAGGGCCAGCUGUAUACAGGUGUGAUGGACUGCAUGGUGAAGGUGAGCCAGUCGGAGGGUCUGCUGGGUCUGUAUAAGGGCAUCGGGCCGGUCUUCCUGCGGCUGGCGCCCCACACAACGCUCAGCAUGCUGCUCUGGGAUCUGAUGAGGCAGAGGGCCCUACAGCACCAGCUGGAGUCAUGACGACCACGCGAUGACACCCCAUAAUACACAACACAGAGCCCUGCACGCAACGGCACCAGCUGGGGUCAUGAGGACCACACGACAUCCCAUAAUCAACAGAGCCCUGCAAGGAGUGUAGCAGCCAGCUGCAGCCGUGACAACCCCACGACUGUGCUUCCCAUCAGAGUCCCACAGGUGCUAUGGUAACCAACUGCUGUCAUGACGACCCCAUUGCAUCCCAUAAUAAAGCUUUGCGGACAAUCUUCUGGAGUCAUGAAGAUGGCAUUCCAUUACCCCAGCUGCUCUCCCGGAAGUUGUGGGCUCUAAGAGUGUAUUUUGACAGCAGGACUGUAGGGGGCGUAGCGUGAACCACAUGGAAUGGAGCCCUCUGGUUAUGGACAAUAUGAGAGAGAAUGCUCUACAAUGGACAGUGAAAAAAUGGGGCGAUAAGAGCAGUAAGUCUCCAAGAAGUUUUUAUUAUCAGCCUUUUCGAAAAUGAAGCCUUUUGCUCUUAAAGUAGCCUACUCAGGAGUUUCUUUUGCCUUAAACUUCUUCAACUAUAGCACAUGUGAUGUCAAUUCAGGGACUGCACCUCCGUAUAUUAGCAAACAACAAACACAUCUGUAGAUGUUGUUUUUAGUCUUUCAAUAUUAAAAUGUAAUGUUAAAUCAGGGACUAUAACUGCAUAUUUUAGAGCCAUAUCAUUCUACAAUUUAUCUGCAGGGCUUGGGCUUGGGUUUGGGCUGAUACUAUGGCUGUGAAUUAAGGCUAUUAUUAUUAAGUUAUGAAUAGAGGCAAGCUUCCCAGUAUGCCUGGCUAUCGCCAUAGGCAAGACAAAAGCUCUCUUUAAGUUACAAAUGGACUAACAGAAUGUAUAAAAGCAUUUAUCGAGCCUUAUGUGCUUUGUUUGAUAUUUGAUGUUAUUAAAAAGUUAUAAUUGUAAAACUAAUUAUAUGUAAUAGUUGAUCUAACUUUUUAAAAUGUAUUCACUUUAAUAAAGAAUUUCUGAUAAA